CUAUCUACAUGGUUUUAAUUCAGAUUAACACCUUUUCAUAUUGGUAUGGUACCAGUAUCAUGUAAACAGAUGUCCUAAAAACAAAGGAUAUCAUGCCGUUGUCAUUUCAUGCGGCUGUGGUACCGACAUUGUGUAAGCUUUGAAUUUCUGCACAAAGCCGUCAACACGGUUGUGUUAUUGCCAAAAAGAAGUGGCAGCUAAAGAAUUGUUGUGAAGGGUUCCAAAGAAAUCUCAAAAGGCAACAGAGAAGAUGCAGAAUUUUAUCUGGCUGCAUUAAUUAUCAAUGGCCAAGCAAGAUUCAAAACAGAAAUUUACCCCUACUCCACCAACAUCAGCAAGACCACUUUCUAGUAGAAGGGUCGUCAGGAGGUCAUCUUCUUUGAAUAAUGAUCAGAAGGGAACUGGACUGAGCAGCACAGAAAUUAGCAGAGACACAUCAAUCGUAUCUUCCUCAGGGAGAAAGUCUUCAUUUUCAAAUUAUGGUGUUCUUCCUCCUAUUGACAGCUCGAUUGACAGUGAUCAAAAGUCUUGUAAAAAACUCAAUGAAGAAAGAAAAAACACAAACUCAAAGAUGACUGGCAGCCAUGACUGUCAUUGUGAUUCACGAAACCAGAAAAUUGCUAAUCAUGGACCUGAUACCUUUGGAAAAAGAUCAAAUUUUGGUGCUGAUGAAACUAAAAAACAAAAGGAAGAUCACCAAUUGUCUGAACAGAUAAUAAUAAAAAGCACUAAGGACAUCAACAAUUUUCAUUCCUCCACCAAUAAAUCCAUUGACACGACAAACAAAGUCAAGAAAGACAGGAGGCUUUACCGCAAGGGCGAUAUUUUUAAAAGUUCGUCAAGUAUUGAAUUUUCUUCCAGUUCUGGUAAAAGAAGAGAGAUUCCGGGGAAUCCCUUGUUUACUGCCCCUGCCGAAGCAGACAAGACAAAAAAUGAUAGAUUAUUAUUGGCAUUUAGAACCCCUUCUGGAGAGAGACUGGAGAGGUAUUUCAGUCCAACAGAUCGCAUUGGCGAUGUCCUUGCUUUUUUAGGAAACACGAUCGAAACCCAAAGUAAUGACGAAAAUGUACAGAAUCUAGAACUGUUCACUAACGAUGUCCCGAAAAGGAAGUUAGAUGAUUUAGAAGUAACUCUUAGUGAAUGCAGGCUUUCAAAUCGGACUGUUCUCAAUGUAUUGAUAUUGGAAGAUUCGUAAUAAAGAUAGAAUAUUGAAUCGGUCUGUCUCAGUGAGAUGACUAAUAUUCUAUUCACCUCAUUAGUCUAUCUAUGUAUAGCUAUAAGGACAAGGGUCGUGCACUCAAGGUUGUAAUUGGGCCAAAAUGUUUUAUCGAGGGCCAGAAUUAAGAAUUGCACCACUUGGGUAACAAAGAAGCCAAUUUUGGGAACACUGUCGACGUUUUAUUGGAGACUGAGGAAAGCUUGUUUUUCAGCUUGUUCACUGAAGGUCUGCAAUUUCGAGGGAGUGGUUUGGAAAUAAACACAACUCGCUUUGUAAUGCUUUGUUACUGCCGCGAGUAUUGGCACAGAUCUGUGGUAGUUGGCGUGUUGCUCCAGAUGACUGGUCAAUUAACUUUUACUAGUAUUGAUAAAAUGUUUCCAAUUUAAUUUCCAAAAUAAUACAAUUUGCUGUUUCUUCGUACAUUAGAACUGAAAUAAAACACGAUAUUAAGUCUAAUUAUUUACUCAAAGUCAUGUGGUCUUCAAGAUUUUGUGGUCUUCUCUUCGCAAAAGGCAUUUUUAAGUUGCCCAUCUAAUUCAGAACAACUUAAAAAUCGUUAUGAUAUUCUUUAAAGACUGUUCUCUCAAAAUGUAACGCUUGGAUAAAAAUGGAAAACCAUGCUAUAUUCCGACAAGAUCAGAAAUUCUCCGACAAAAUAGCUGUUUAGCUUUGCAGAGGGGUUUUGGCCCCCCUGACCUCCCAUUAUCUACUCCACUGCAUAAAAGCAAUAAUGUUUAACAAGGGCCAUGAACUUAAGAUAGUAUUAAAACUAAUAUGAACAAGUAAAAUAAAUAGUAACAAUAGAUCUAAAAA